AUAAGCAUGUGCUCAUCAUCAGAAAAUAUUGUCGGGACUUGGUUGUUUAAAUGUUUAGAUAGAAAAUAAUGAAGUUCAUUUUUUUAUUGGCACAAUUUCGGGUUUUGCGUAAAUGUCGUCUCUAGAAGACGUUUGACCCCGCGUCGUCAAGGUUAGUUAGUUCAUCUGGACAUCGAUUUACUUGACACUACUACUGAGCUCACUCGAUCUGUUCAUCCAUCUACUGCCUAAGUGGAUUUCUCAGAUACGAUCAGUGUUACUUUUACGUUUCUUUUAUUCUUUGUUUCUAACGAAUUCACUUGUCUAUGGUAAUGAAUUAAAUCUGUUUGGGAUUUGGUAGAUACAUAUUUAUGCAAUUAUUAAUUCUACUCCCAUGAUUGUUCAAAACUAUUUACAAAAUGUUCUUACUCAAAAAGCUUUAUUUUUAUUUGCUCUUUCGGCAAAUCUUAUCCUCUGCCUUCUAAGAAUCAACGAUUAUAUUCAUGUAAACGCGUGGUUUUUGUUUAUGCCAUUUUGGUUAUGGAAUAUUCUAGUGUUUGGGGGUUCGAUCAUUUUAUUCCUGUUUAAAUCUCUCAAUUUAACCAAACUCUCUUUAUUCUAUUAUCUUUGCCAAAUUUCAAUACUUACAUUUCAAAUAUUUCUGUGUAUUAAACUAGAAAAAAAUGCAUUAAAUUGGUAUGUAGUCUUUAUACCAAUUUAUUGUUUAUGCGUUUUAGGAUUUUUGACAUUCACAAAAGCGUUUUGUGAGUUAACUGUUUAUGAUUGUGAGAAAUUUCUUGCAUUAAAUCUUCCAUGUGUCAUUUUAAUUGCCUUACGUUUAGAUAAUUAUAUUAAUUGGACAUGGGUUGUAGUGUUAAUACCAUUCUGGAUUAUAAUGGGAUUUUUGAUUGUAUUGCUGCUAUUUUUAGUUUGUAUGUUGUGCGGAUUGAGUCGUUUCACUCAGAAAGAUCUUCAUGAUAUUGUUUCAAUGAUUGGAUGCACAUCAAUUGCAUUUACUUUUCUCAUAUUCGUUGUUCUUUUGGUCUGCCGAUUAGAUAAUAUUAAACUGUUUACAUAUAAUGAAAUAUUCUUACCAUUAUUCAUUUGUGUUUUGUUUCUGAUGAUUAUGACGAUUUCUACAAACUGGUUAGUCAGCAAAUUUUGCGGAAAUAACAAUAGUUCUAGUGGAAGAAAUUGUUUAGUGGAAUAUACCUCCGGAUCUCGAUUAUCAGCAAAUACUUCGUUGGACCCUAUUCAAGGAGGAAAUACACUUGUUGCUAAUAUAAAUGUUUCACGUGAUAAGUAUUCAGAAGUUCAUCAGAAUCUUACAAAGAACACUGCUUCCGAACUGCCUGAAAAUAGUGUCGAAACGGUUAUCUCACUCAAUACAGAAACUCCUUGCAGUAAUUUACUAAUGAAAGACAAACAUUUUCUUCAUUCGAAUAAACCAAACCAAUGUAUGAUUAAAGAUGACUCUUUAUCACUUCCGGAUUAGAGUACCUAAAUCUAAUGACCAUCGUAUAUUGAUUUUACAAACAAUAUUCUUACAUUUGUAAUCUCAAAUACUGCUUAUCUAUUUAGUGCAAUUGUAGAGGACAAUGUUAUCUUACUGUAAUUUGUAAAACAUGUUUUAACUUUUUAUUUUUUGUAAAAAAGACGUUUAUUACAAUGAAUCUGCUUUAUUUGUAUUGAGAUUAACAGAUUUUGAGCGAUUUAUUAAAUCAUUAUUCAUGUUUGUGAAAUAAGUGAUAAAUUCUACUAUUCAUAAAGUUCAUUUAUGACUGAUACAAUUAUGAAAUAAAUCCCUGAGAAAAUGUUUUAAUAA